AGCCCCGCGCUGCAUGCCGGGAUACGUCACGCUGUUGUUUACAAGAUGGUAGAGAAGGCUAUUCUGCUCUGAUUUAUUAACUAAAGUACCAAGCUAACUCUUCCUCACGCUGUCACAGUGAGUCUUCUUCAGGCUCCGUGCGGUUAAAUCUCAGCAGGUUGACUCGCAGCGGCGCAGACAGCAGCGGACUGAAUGUGGCUCAAACUGCAGCUCUCACACUGACAGCACGGGUUUUUUUGCACUGUCACUGACAGAGGCACACACAGGAACUUUACUCCUGUUCAUAUCACAGAGGACUGUCCAUCAGGUCUGCAGGAGUGCACCUGAAUCCAGCCGAAUGAACAGAGCGACUGCAAAGCAUCUAAUUGAGCGCUACUUUCGGCAGUUAACUGACGGCUGUGGAAAUGGCGACUGCACGAAUGAGUUUUGCGCAUCAUGUAGUGAUUUUCAACCUUUGGAUAACAAUACAGCAGCUGCCAAAGCACUUGAGCUGUUUAAGAUUAAUGCCAAACUCUGUAAUCCUCACCCCUCCAAGAGAGACUCUGACUCCCAACACAAAGACACUCAUCUGGACAGUAGGAUGAGCGAUAUGGACCUCUGUCCUGCCAAGGAGGACUUCUCAGAUGUUAAUUACCUCACAGAGAACACAGUAUGUAUGAUCCUGAGUUUCUGCGAGGAGAAAGGGGACUACUCUGCUCUCAUCCGCAUCAUUGGCAGGAUUUUCUCCAAUGCAGAUGCCUUGAUUAAGAGUUUCAGGAAGGAUGAACCCAAAGCUGCUGAAAACCUUGACUCUUUAGAAGCAAGAGGUGCAGACAAGAGUGAGAAGUCAAGUGAUAAACCCUCAGAAGAAAUGGGUGCUGCAGCUGCUUUACCAGACGAGGGUGUUAAUGAAAGCUUUGACCCUUGUGAGGUCUCAGUGGACAUGGAGGCAGUGCGCAGAGUCUACGACAAACUUCUAGGACUCAACCAGGUAGAGGCAGCUCUUGUAAACGCACUGGUUUACCUCACUCCAAACAUGGAACUUGACCUGGAAUACCUUGACGUGUACGAAACAAAUCCAGAUUACCUGAACAUCUUCCUCAUCGUGCUGGAGAACAGUAACCUUCACAGCCCAGAGUACCUGGAAGUGGCUUUGCCACAGUUCUGCAAAGCGAUGAGUAAACUGCCUGUGACGGCGCUCGCCAGGCUGGUGAAGCUCUGGUCCAUGUACGGUCUCCAACACAUCCGCCGCAUGAUGGAGACCUUCCAACAGCUCAUCACUUUCACAGUUGUCAGCAAUGAAUACGACAGCGACAACCUGGUAAAUGAUGACGAGACUGUGGUGGCUGCAACGCAGUGUUUAAAAGUUGCCUUCUACGCAAGUAUCCUGGGUGGGGAUGUGAAUGUGGAUCACAAUGAGGAGGAUGACGAAGACUCAGAUUCUGAUGAGCCCACCCUGCAUGAGCUGCUAGGUGAGGAGCGGCUGUAUAAAAAGGGUCCUCGGGUCGAUCCUCUGGAGAAAGAACUGGGCGUCAGGCCUGUGGACAGCAUUAAACCCCUCAUCCCAUUUGAGGAUUUUAUUAACGAGUCACUGAACGAGGUGGUGGAGAUGGACAAGGAUUUUACCUUCUUCAAGGUCAACGCCGAAACCAAGUUUUCUUUCCAGACCUGCCCCUUUAUCCUCAGUGUCAUCACCAAGAACCAGGGACUGUACUACGACAACAGGAUCAGGAUGUACAGCGAGAGACGUCUCACGGCCCUCUACAGCAUGGUCCAGGGCCAGCAGCCCAACCCAUACCUCAAGCUCAAAGUACGGAGAGAUCACAUCAUCGACGACGCCCUUGUCAGAUUGGAGAUGAUCUCCAUGGAGAACCCGUCCGACCUGAAGAAGCAGCUGUUCGUUGAGUUCGAGGGGGAGCAAGGUGUGGACGAGGGAGGGGUCUCAAAGGAGUUCUUUCAGUUGGUCUUGGAGGAAAUUUUCAAUCCCGACAUAGGAAUGUUCAGCUACGACGACGACACUAAGCUUUUCUGGUUUAACUCAUCCUCCCUUGAGAACGAAGCGCAGUACACUCUCGUUGGACUCGUCCUGGGGCUCGCCAUCUACAACAACUGCAUCCUGGACGUACAUUUCCCAAUGGUUGUCUACAGGAAACUCAUGGGCAAGAAGGGGACCUUCUUGGACCUGUCAGACUCACAUCCAGUUCUCUACCAGAGUCUGAAGGAGCUGCUCGCAUACACCGGCAACGUAGAGGAAGACAUGACGCUCACCUACCAGAUAUCACACACAGACCUUUUUGGAAACCCGAUCUUAUACGACCUAAAGGAGCAGGGAGACCAGAUCCCCAUCACUAAAGAAAAUAGACAGGAGUUUGUGGACAUGUAUGCUGACUACAUACUCAACAAGAGCGUGGAGAGACAAUUCAAAGCCUUUAAGAAAGGUUUCCAAAUGGUCACAAAUGAGUCCCCGCUGAAAUAUUUGUUCAGACCCGAGGAAGUAGAGCUGCUUAUCUGUGGCAGCAGGAAACUUGACUUUGACGCACUUGAAAAGACGACGGAAUAUGAUGGAGGUUACAGCAAAGACAGCCAAAUCAUCAAAGAUUUCUGGGAGACGAUACACUCGUUCGGAGAGGAGCAGAAGAGGUUGUUUCUUCAGUUUACCACUGGCACAGACAGAGCACCAGUUGGCGGGCUCGGCAAAUUAAAAAUGAUCAUUGCCAAGAAUGGCUCAGACACAGACAGGCUACCGACGUCUCACACCUGCUUCAAUGCACUGCUGCUCCCAGAAUACUCCUCCAAGGAGAAACUGAGAGAAAGACUCCUCAAGGCCAUCACAUAUGCCAAAGGAUUUGGGAUGCUGUGACAGGUCCACAAACAGAAACUGUAUUUUAACAAAAAAAAAAAACAAAAAACAGAUGGAUAUGACAUAAAACAAAAUGCUGCAAUAACCCCGUGCCUAACCGCCCUCUACCAGUCAUACUUCACUGUGGGCGUUUCACUCCGAGGCCUAACUUUCUCCGACACAGUUUCAUAAACAGUACAUGAGAUUUCCCAAAGAGUUUAACACUGCACUUGAAUAAUGUAUUUUGACUUUUGUGUUUUGUUUCCAGGCAGACGUGAACAACAUUUGAUUUGUGAAACUGUGAAAGUGCACUUAUACACAGGGUUUUAGUGAAUGCCAGCACAUGCAGUAUAUUUAUUGACUUAGUGUGAUUUUUUUGUCAUGUUCUUUAUGGUGUAGCAGUAUUCAGUCCUGAGGCCCCACAGCUGGGAGUGGGCUGAGCAUAAUGGUGCUUCUUGGUAACAAAGUAUACUGAGGUGAAGCCUUUUAUAUUACUGCUAACCCAAAUAGCCUCACUGACUAGCUUUAUUUCAUUUCCUGUCAGUGGGAGAGAAACUCACCACUAACCUGAAGGUUAUUUUGAAGUAUUUCUGUGUUGUGCCUCUUGUAUUACAUAUGAAAUGAAUACUGUGUGUUGAAUCUGACCAGACCGUGUGGUUUCCAUAGCUUGCAGGGUUUUAGAAUGACUGGUCGGUUCAGACUUUCACAUCCUGAAAGAAGUGUUUCUCUUCCUUUUGGUUUGUUUGCUACUAAGUGUUUCUGAUUGCACAUUUGUAAGUGCAGUUGCCAAAUGUGCAAUGCCUCUGUAGGGAAAAGAGUCACAUGAAUUGUUUUAUUUGGCCAAAUAUCUCAGGUACGGAAAGAAUGUGCAGAUAAUGUGAAACUCUUAUGUAAAGCAAAGAUUAUGCAAAGGAAAUAAAAGUGAAGGAAAUCUA